AUUGUACAUUAUUAUCUUUCUAUAAUUCGACACGUUAUGCAACAAUAUAUACUCUAUAUAUUGAAGGACAUUUGAGUUUUUCAUUCACCAAAAUACGUUCGUUGGUGUAGUACAUACACGUCAUUUAAACGCUUCUAGUCAUAAUGGAUUCAAUAAGUGAGAAUGUAAAAAAAGCAAUAGAAUCAGUUAUAAAAAUUGAAAAUUUUACAACGUACCCUUCAAUUACGAUCACAUCGGGUUCGCUAAACGGCGAUGGUUUAACGUCAAAAACGGUAGCUGUUAACUUAAAAAACGAUCAAAAAUCUGUUGAUGUGUUUAUAAAGUAUUUCCCAGAAAAUGCUACGAGUAACCAAAUAAAUUUAUUUAAAGAUAUCUACGAAACGGAAACGCGGUUCUACGAAAAAGUGUAUCCGGUGAUGGUGAAGUUUCAAAAGGAGAGAAAAUUGCAAGAUGGAUUCGAUAAUGUUGCAAGAUAUUAUCCGUGUAAUAAUGUUGAUUUUAAUGGAAUUGCCCCGAUAGCGUUAAGUAAUUUGAGAGCUGUUGGGUAUGGAAUGAGGGACUUAAAAGAAGAAGCCAAUCAAGAACUUUUGGUGAAAGUUUUAGAAACUUACGCUAAACUUCACGCCACUUUUUUGGCGAUGAAAGAUCAACAACCAGAAGUGUAUAAAAGUAUCUCUUCUGAACUUGUUGACGACGUUGCUGAAAAAUUUAACGAUGUCGGAUUUUAUGAUGUAAUUAAAGUGUUAAUGAAAGGAUUAAUUGAUUAUUUAGACCCAAAAGUGGAUAAAAUUGCAAUCGAAAAACUUACAGAAUUUUUAAACAAUUUAGAAACUUUCGUUUCUGAUAUUCCAAACUUAAUCACCAAUGAUUAUUCAAUAAUAACUCAUGCGGAUGGUUGGAGUAACAAUAUGAUGUUUUUAUACAAUGAAUCAAAACGUUUAAUCGACGUAAAAAUCCUCGAUUGGCAAGUUUACAAAAUCUCCUUCCCUGGAUUGGAAGCCACCCACGUCUUCUACAACGCUUUAGCUAGGAAAAAAGCACUGGAGAAUGUUGAAAUUUAUACAGAAGCUUACUAUAAUAAAUUGAAGGAGCAAGUUGAAAAACUAGGAAGCGACGUUAAUAAGUUGUAUCCAAAAGAAGUAUUUUUAGCCCACUGGAAACAGUUCGCCAAAUACGGAAUGAUGUUAGCAAUUGUAACAAAUAGGGUUGCUUUUAUGUCUAAAGACGAUAUAGUCGAUUUAGUUGAUAACAAGGAUGGAAAAAUGCCGAUAUUUUCGGUUGAUUUUAAAGAGAAAGAUCGAUAUUUUAAGCUUUUAAAGGAUUUGGUGGAUCAUUUUGUUCAAAAUGAUUUAUUUUAAAUGUUAUGUUUUUAAAUAAA